AUGGCGGCCGCCGUAGGCAGAAUUUGUGGGGCACGACUUUUGAAAAAUUAUGGCAUAGUUACACCCCAGGUGUAUCAGCUGUCCACUAGUGCUCAAGGAUGGACUAAAAGUAGAAAAUUGUGGUUAUCCACAUUAGGUGUAGUUGGCGGAGGCGUAGGAGCAUUACUUUUUGCUCUAGAGCAAUCUGUUCAGGCGACAGGUUCCGAGGCCCACCCAUACCAUCAGCCAUGGGCCCAUGAUGGAUGGUUUAAGUCUCUUGACCAUGCCAGCGUACGUCGAGGAUAUGAAGUGUACAAGCAGGUGUGCAAAGCAUGCCACUCACUACAGUACAUCUCAUACCGUAAUUUGGUCAAUGUGACCCACACAGAAGCAGAGGCCAAAGCGGAGGCUGCUGAAGUAAUGAUUAAAGACGGACCGGAUGAUGAAGGAAACUACUUUGAAAGGCCGGGCAAACUAUCUGACUAUUUCCCAUCGCCGUAUCCCAAUGAAAACGCUGCUAGGGCUGCCAACAACGGUGCUUACCCACCGGACCUAUCAUUGAUAGCAUCAGCCCGCCACGGUGGUGAGGACUACAUAUUCGCUUUACUUACUGGUUACAUGGAACCACCGGCUGGAAUUCCACUCCGAGAGGGUCAGAGCUACAACCCCUACUUCCCAGGUGGAGCUAUUUCUAUGGCCCAAGUUCUGUUUGAUGAGGCCGCUGAAUACACAGAUGGAACCCCGGCCACAGCCUCCCAGCUGGCCAAGGACAUUUCCACCUUCCUCAGGUGGUGUGCCGAGCCAGAGUUAGAUGACCGUCGCCUGAUGACCAUCAAAGCCAUCGGCAUGUUCUCCAUGCUCACGGCCGUAGUCUACUACUACAAGAGACACAAGUGGUCCGUACUCAAAUCACGCAAACUAGCCUAUAAACCAGUAUCUAAGAAAUAA